UUGAAAGUGUGGGGCAGGCACUGGUGCUGCAGCAGGUUUCCUUCCCUGGAGGCACUCACCUGAUCCCUGCAGGAAUGGCCCCGGGGCUCAGGGCUUCUCCACCAGCUGUGGUCCUGCUCCUGUCCCUGCUGGGUCUGGCUGCUGCUGGGAAGCUCCUGGUGGUGCCGGUGGAUGGGAGCCACUGGCUCAGCAUGCGGGAAGUGCUGGACAUCCUGACGCAGAGGGGACACGAGGUGGUUGUGGUGGCGCCUGAAGUCUCCUUGCACAUCAAACCAUCAAAGACCUUUGUGAUGAAAAUUUACUCGGUCCCCUACACACAGGAAGAGAUGGAGAAAGAUUUCAAGGCAUUUCUACACAGUUCAUUUGAAGAAGGAUCUUUUAUUGAAAGAUUUCUUAAAGUGUUCGAACAUAUGAAAAGACUUGGUUAUAUGUCAACCAUCAGCUGUGAAUAUCUCCUGAAAAACAAAGAGCUCAUGAGCUAUCUUGAGGAGAGCAAGUUCAAUGCCCUUCUUACAGACCCUGUAGUACCUUGUGGGCUGAUCCUGGCUGAGCAUCUUUCACUUCCUUCUGUGUAUUUCUUACGAGGAGUCCCAUGUGGGUUAGAUUUUGAAGCCACUCAGUGUCCCAAUCCUCCUUCCUACGUGCCCAGGGCAUUUACACAACUUACAGACCGCAUGACCUUUCUCCAGCGGGUGAAGAAUCUACUCUUUGACACCCAAAACCUUUUCCUGUGUGAUUUUGCCUUUGAUCCAUUCUCAAAACUGGCUUCCGAGUUCCUGCAGCGGGAUGUGACUGUGCAGGAUCUCCUACGCAAGGGCUCUGUUUGGCUCCUGAGGUUGGAAUUUGUGCUCGACUAUCCAAGACCCUUGAUGCCCAACAUCAUUCCAAUUGGGGGAGUACACUGUGCUCACAAGGGGCUUUCUCAGGUGGGUCACACUGUUUCUAAUUUGUGCUGUGAUGGAUUUCUAUCUAAGGAGGCUUCAAUCUUGUGUUGCGGAUGGGAAUCAAGUACGUAUUUCAGGCGGUUGGAUGAAUGCUCAUGAAUUUUACUCUCCCUU